CGACCAUCUCCCGGCACCCCACGUUUCUCUCUCCAUCGCUCGGAUGAACAGAGCUUCCUUCACGCCAAACUCGGAACGGAAACGCCGUAGCCCGUAGGGUGGAAGCCGAAACCAUGCUCUUCCUUUGAAACGAGAGAAGAAAAAGGCUUGCGCCAUGUCCGGCGUCUACGCCAUGAAAGGGAGGGACUUGGACGGCUCAGAUCCACAUAACCACAUUGGAGCACGGGCAGGGUUGAAGAGUGCGAGCCUAAACUGCGUGGAUUUGCCCAACAGGCAGAACGAUGAUACCUGCCAGUACCGAAUGUUUGUUGCAACAUGGAAUGUGGGAGGAAAGACUCCAAACAAUCGGCUCAACCUGCAGGAUUUUCUGCAAGUAGAGGAGUCUCCUGACAUUUACGUCCUAGGAUUUCAGGAGAUAGUUCCCCUGACCGCCGGCAACGUGCUGGUCCUGGAGGACAACGAGCCGGCGUCGAGGUGGCUGGCCCUCAUCCACCAGGCCCUCAACAUGCCCCAAGAGCAGCCUGACGACGACGACCUGCCGCCGCCAGAGCUGCCCGACGCCCAGCACCGCCGCCGCGACUCCCCGUCCCGGUCCUCCAGCGGCAACCUCUUCUUCCAGACGCCGUCGCUCAAGGUGCUCAGCAACAGCUACCGCGUCGACAGCGCGCUCGUCAAGACGUGCAACUGCUCCCCGGAGUCGUCCUCCAUGCGCCGCCGGGCGACCGAGAUACGCGCGUCCGUGUACCGCGCCGAUGCCGAUGCCGAGGCCGAGGCCGAGGCGCCGUCCAAGAGCGGCGGCGGCGGCGAGACGUCGACCAGCGGUGACAACAACGCCGACGCUAACAACGACACCGCCGCGGUGGCGCAAUGCGAGCCAGGCGUCGUCGGCAUGAGCUACUGCCUGAUCGCGAGCAAGCAGAUGGUGGGGCUGUUCCUGUCGGUGUGGGUGAAGAAGGAGCUGGUGGAGCAUAUCGGCCACCUCCGCGUGGACUGCGUCGGCAGGGGCAUCAUGGGCUGGCUCGGCAACAAGGGAUGCAUCGCCAUGAGCAUGACGCUGCACCGCACCAGCCUCUGCUUCGUCUGCAGCCACCUGGCCUCCGGCGAGAAGGAGGGCGACGAGGUGCGCCGGAACGCCGACGUCGCCGAGAUCCUCAGGAGCGCGCACUUCCCGCGCGCCUGCAAGGCGCCGGCCAGCCAUCGAGUCCCGGAGAGGAUUCUUGAGCACGACCGGAUGAUAUGGCUCGGCGAUCUGAAUUAUCGAAUGUCGCUAAGCUACGACGAGACAAGAACAUUGCUCGAGGAGAAUGAUUGGGACGCUCUAUUGGAGAAGGAUCAGCUGAUAAUCGAGAAAGAAGCUGGAAGAGUGUUCAGAGGGUGGAAGGAAGGCAAGAUCUGCUUCGCGCCGACUUACAAGUACACGCACAACUCCGACGCCUACGCCGGGGAGACGGUCAAGUCCAAGAAGAAACGGAGGACGCCUGCAUGGUGCGACCGGAUACUGUGGCAUGGAGACGGCAUCGAGCAGCUGCAGUACCUGCGCGGCGAGUCGAGGUUCUCGGACCACCGGCCGGUCUGCGGCGUGUUCGCCGUCGAGAUGGACGCCGACGAUGACAGCAAGCUCAGGAGGGGAUACUAUUCGAUCAGCUCGCUGAUCGGCCAUGACAAGCCGGCGUUGCUGCAAAGGCAUGGCCUCAGCGAGCCCUCGUCGUAGAGUUUUGUGUUGUAUAGGCAGCUUACUGAAAGCAGAGAAGAUUGUAGAGACCAAGGGGUGAAAACAGGACGGAUAUGUUCCGUCCCCCAACCGACCGAAAGCCUAUUAAGCAAAUAUAAGAUCCAACAAUAGAUAUCCAAUGCUAUCUCCCGGUCAAAGAAAAAAAGAUAGGAUAUCUGUCUAAAAUAUCCGAAUGUUAAGGGUUACGAGAAAGUAUAUUGUGUUUUUACUUUAAAAACAUGAUAAUAUAUAGGUAGAUUGUCAUAUAUCUGUAGACAGAUAAUUUUGAAUAUUCUUGUU